AUGGGGGAAGUCCCUGAUGGGCAGUUCCCGAUUGGGAAGUUCCUGGGUGGAGAGUUUCAGUUUCCUGGCGGUGAGGUGGAGGCUGUAGUGAGGGUGGCGGGAAAGUCCACCAUCUUGGAGAGGAUUGGGGGGAAGAUCUGCCAUUUUGGAGCCCCAGUUUACCAGCUGGCCCACAACUUAGCUCCAUCACAAGGCCCAGUGAGGGAAAGUGCCAAUGGUAUCCUGGAGGGCAGCGUUUUGGGCCUGGGUCUUCAGUUUGUCUUUGGGAUCUUUGUCAUCAGAAUUGAUCCUCGAUUUCAUGUAUUUCAGUGGCUGGAGACCAGAUCCAGGUACCACUGCCAUGGACACCCAGGCUGUGGCAGGAAGCAUGCUUAUGGGGUUGAGGUUCCUCCUUUCUUCUCUUUUCCCCUUUCCUGUCUGUCCACAACUCCUCACCCAGCUGACUUGUCCUUGUGUGAAUGGGAGCCAGAAAACCUUGAGAACUUCCAACCAAGCAGUGGUUUCUUCCUCGACGCGGACAUGGCACAAGAGAAAAUGGAGCUAGACUUGGAGCUGCUGUCGAGUUCAACCACCACAAAUGACAUGCUGAGAAGAUCCAACAGCGCCCCAUUGAUAAGUGGGCUUGGUGAUAACUCACAGGUGUUCCAAGCUGACAUGGUAACUCCAAGAAAUGACACAAUGCUUAUGGAACAACAUUGUCUGGUCAAUACAAUGCCAGUGAAGAAUUCCAAGUCUGUGAUUGACAUGACCACAUUCUCAUCUUCAAAAGAUUAUCCUGGCUGCAAAGGGUUUUUACCACCUUUUCCCAUCCCCAUCCGUGCUUCCUUUGGUCGCCUUCAUCAAAUCAAACAGGAGGAAGGCAUGAAUUUAAUGACUAGAGAAGCAAUGCAUGAAUGGUAGGUACAAACCACACUCUGGAUAAUUCGGUCUUGGGAAGAGAGUUUUAACCUGAGUGACAGUAAUUUAGAGAAACCAUCUUCAAAGAGCAUCGAUUUAAUUCCAGUAUCCCCAGCAGCUCCUCCCACCCUGAGGAUUGGGAAGCAAUGUUUUCCUCCAUUGUUACAAACUUGGGUGAAUUACACCACUUUGCCUCCAAGUCCCGUUUCUAGUCCCACGCAACGAUUUCCAAUAGGAAGUCAAAACCCCACCAACAUUAUUAGACCAAGUAUCUGUGGACCAUUAAAAGGAAAAGGUGAAAUGAUAUUUGAAGAUCAGCCAAAGAAACUUUUCCAAGGCAC